UGACUUCCGGAGGCGUUUGAUUCGUUACGGAUGACAUCAGCUGUGGAGUGAGUGUGCGGAAAAAAAAAAAUAAAAUAAAUAAAACGCCGGCGCCCUCUCCUCUACCCGGUUACCGAAAAUGACACAGUGUCUGCUGGUAUAAAAAGCUAGGGCCACUCCUAUCGAGGCUCCACUUGUACGUCUGGAGACCACUCCGACUCUCUGCAGCGAAUAAAGGGGGUGGAGGCUGCUGCUGCUGUUGCUGGAUCCUAAACGCGCACUGGAGAGACAGCUGCACACAGACAGGGGAUAGAGGAUGGCCACUCUGGUAGAAUCCGCAGACAUGGAGACGCUGGGCGGCCAGAGCAACACCGGGGCAUCCCCGACGUCCUCCAGCCCCUCGCACCACUUCAAUGACAGUAAAUUUUACCUGCUGGUGGUUAUCGGGGAGAUCGUAUCCGAGGAUCACUUGAAGUGUGCCAUUGCGGACAUAGAGAAAGGUAUCCGCUCAUGGGACACCAACCUCGUUGACUGCAACCUGGACCAGGAACUCAAGCUGUUUGUGUCCAGACACUCGGCUCGUUUCUCUGCAGACGUCAGAGGGCAGAGAAUUCUUCACCAUAAAAGUAAUAUCCUGGAGACAGUGGUGCUUAUCAACCCUUCAGAUGAAGCAGUCAGUACUGAGGCUCGUUUGAUGAUCUCAGACACUGCCAGACACAAACUUCUGGUCCUCUCUGGGCAAUGCUCUGAAACCACUGGGGAGCUGAUUCUUCAGUCUGGAUCUUUCUCUUUCUUCAAUUUCAUAGACAUCUUCACUGACCAAGAGAUUGGUGAAUUGCUCAGCACCAUUCACCCUGCAAACAAAGCCAACCUUACACUCUCCUGCCCUGAACAAGGUGACUGGAAAAACUCCAACUUGGACAAACACAACCUGCAGGACUUCAUUAACAUGAAACUAAACUCCACCCUCAUCCUCCCUGAAAUGGAGGGCCUCUCAGAAUUCACAGAGUAUUUAUCUGAAUCAGUAGAGAUCCCGUCUCCUUUCGACAUGUUAGAACCACCAACCUCAGGUGGGUUCCUGAAGCUCUCCAAACCUUGCUGCUACAUUUUUCCCGGUGGCCAUGGCGACUCCGCUCUCUUUGCUGUCAAUGGCUUCAACAUGCUCAUUAAUGGCGGUUCGGACAGGAAGUCAUGCUUCUGGAAGCUGGUGAGACACCUCGACCGCGUUGACUCCAUCCUCCUGACCCACAUCGGCGACGACAAUCUGCCAGGCAUCAAUAGCAUGCUGCAGAGGAAAAUUGCAGAGCUUGAGGAGGAACAGUCACAGGGCUCGACAGCUAACAGUGACUGGGUGAAGAAUAUGAUUUCUCCAGAUAUAGGGGUUGUGUUUGUGAAUCUUCCUGAAAACCUGGAAAACCCUGAACCUAAUUACAGAGUGCGCAGGAAUAUUGAAGAGGCAGCAGUCACUCAGCAGUUCCUCACAAAGCUAAAUUUAAGGAUCGAGCCUUUGCUGAGGCCUGUAGGAAAUGCUAUAGAGCCAAUUAUACUUUUUCAGAAAAUGGGGGUCGGCAAGCUUGAGAUGUAUGUCCUUAACCCAUCCAAGAACGGCAAGGAGAUGCAGCACUUUAUGAAGCAGUGGACAGGUAGUGAAAAAGACACCACUUCCAUCAUACUUCCAAACGGAAAAGAAUCUGAGUUUCCUCUCUCUUACUUGACAUCUAUCUCCUCGCUCAUUGUGUGGCACCCUGCAAAUCCCUCAGAUAAGGUUGUGCGUGUUCUCUUUCCUGGAAAUGCCACCCAGCAUCACAUCUUUGAUGGUUUAGAAAAGCUAAAGCAUCUGGACUUCCUGAAGCAGCCGAUCGUCACACAGAAAGUGAUCUCUUCUAAUAUGCCGUCGACACCAACCCUAAAGCAAGCUAAGAUGAAACACAGAACAGACAGCAAAGAGAGCCUGAAGUCUACCCCUAAGCCAUCACCAAGCAAAAACCUCAGGAAGGACUCAAAGGAGGAAAUGCCUGAAAAGGCAAAGACAGAUGCAGAUUCAGCUCAUGAAAAAACACAGAAGGUGGAGAAAAAAGUCCCACCGAAAAAGGAAAAGGCAAAGGCACCCGAGAAAGAAUCAAAAGCAAAGCCGGAGCAAAUAGCCCAAAAUGAAACGCCUGAAAAGAAGAAGCCUGAAAUGAAACCCAAGGUAGAAAGGGAGAAGGUGGUUAAAAAGGAAGCCAAAGCAUCUGUGGAAAAGAAGAAGGAGGUUAAAAAAGAAGUUGUGAAAAAAGAUGAUACCCCCAAACUAGAAGGUAAAAAAGAUGAAAAGGUAAAGAAAGUGAUAAAAAGGGAUAUCAGAAGAGAUUCACCCAUGAAAGAGAAGAAGGAAGAAAAGAAAGAGCAGAAGAAAGACAUUAAAAGGCCUGCUAAAGACACAAAAAAGACAUCCACCGCAGGUGAGGAAAAAAACCUAAAACCAAAGCCCCUUAAAAAAGAUGACGCUACAAAGAAAGACGCAGGCGUUCCAUCAAAGUUAAAAGAGAAAGGAAAGACAAAGGUGACAAAGAAGGAGACAAAGGUGGAUGCUAGCAAACUGGCAGUUAGUGCUGCACCUGUUGAAGAAGAUCCAGAAGCAGUAAGAUCUCUGAUGUCCACCCCAGAAGACCUCACUAAAGACUUUGAGGAGCUCAAAGCUGAAGAGUUGGUGGAUGAUGACGCAACUGUGCAACAAACUGAGGAAAAAGAGGCUGUAAUGGUCCGCCAAGAAGAAAUUUUACAAACCAAAGAGUCUCCGGAGGCACUAGAGUCUGUGGACGAGGGUAUAACGACAACAGAGGCAGAAGGAGAAACCGGAGAGACUCCAGAUGAACAAGUGAUCAAGGGAAAACUCAACGGCAGUGUAUCUGAGAAGUUUGAAGACGAGGGCACUGUAAUGGAGGAGACAUCCGAGGGAGGCGAUUAUGAAGAGAAAGCGGAGACAGAGGAAGUUUAUGAACCUCAGACUGUGGAAAUGGAUAAAAAUAUGUCAUCCCCGAGCAUAGACGAAUACCAAAUCAAACAAGAAGAAAUUAAACAAGAAGAAAGAGUCGAGGACAACGAUGACGUGACUAAUAAAAACGUAGAGGAAGCACAUGGAAUUCAGAGAGAAUCCGAUAAACAGAAUCUGUUUGCUUCAGUGUCACCCAAAGUGUCUUCACCAAUUUCUCCAGCGGCAUCUAUCCACGAUGAAAUGCUUCCAGUUGGCUUUGAGAGCUCAACAGCCUCUGACGAUGAGAAUAGAGAUGAACCCCCAGAGGAUUUCACUGUCACAUCUGGCCACACUCAGUCUACCAUGGAAAUCUCUAGCGUGCCUACUCCCAUGGAUGAAAUGUUGACUCCUAGGGACAUUAUGAGCGACGAAACCACCAAUGACGAGAACGAAUCUCCAUCACAGGAUGUUGGCAGGUUCGAGACAUCAGCAUCUGGAGAGUUUGACAGAAAGAAGCUCUCUCCACUUCAGGAUAUGCCCAGGUCAGAUCACUCUCAGAGUGACGCAACAGAGGGCCAGGACUACACCCAUUCUGCUUCUACAAUAUCUCCCCCUUCAUCACUGGAAGAGGAUAAAUUCUGUAAGGAGUUUUCAUUGGCAGGGAAGCCUGAUGAAUUUGCCACUGCUCAAGAGUCACCUAACAAGUUUGAUGCUGACUUAGCAAGGCUCAGUUCACAAUCCACAACAUCACCCCUUGUACGUUCUCCCUCCGUAGAUCGCAAGGAUACAUUUGCUGCUCCAUCACUGUUUGCUGCUCCAAUAGAACUGUCCAGCACACUGGCAGGGAGUACCAGAGCACCAGCUGAUUCAUCCAUGAGCCCAGAUGACAAGACAUUGGAAGGAGCUAAUUCACCUCAGUCUUCUGGUCACACACCUUAUUAUCAGUCACCAGUGGACGAAAAAGUGGGAAUCAUGCCACCAGAAGACAAAGAACAGGGUCCAGUAAUAGUAGAGGUCACAAGUGAUAAAGAAGAUUCCUCCAGCAGAGUUACUCCAGAGCCUGAUGAGCCGGAACCAGAAAGUCCUUCCCCGAUAGAGAGAGUGGAGUCCUCUCCAAAAAGCCCACCUUCACCUGAACUGGAUUCCCCAGUGAAUAAGGAACAGUCACACUUUGAUAUAGAUCCUAAGAAAACUGAAGAGAACAGCCCUUCUGUCUUGUCAUCCGCUCCACUGACAAAGCACGAUUCAGACACCAAUCCUUUCACGGCUUUCAAAGAAGAGAGUAAAAUGUCUAUUUCAGAAGGCACCACAUCAGACAAGUCUGAAACUCCCCUGGAAGAAGUUGUAGCAGAAGACACAUUUUCCCAUUUAGCUUCAGCAUCCACAGCAUCCCUUGCCACCAGCUCCUUGCCAGAACCAACCACUGACUCGCCCUCCCUUCAUGCUGAGGUGGGCUCUCCUCACUCAACUGAAGUAGACGACUCUUUGUCCGUCUCUGUGGUUCAAACCCCAACCACCUUCCACGAGGCUGAGGGAUCUCCAUCUAAGGAAGAUAGCCCGAGGCCUAUGUCCAUUUCCCCAGACACCUCACCAAAGGCAAAAAGCAGGUCACAGAUGCAAGACCCAAAAUCCCCAGAGCACUCUACCAUGUCAAUAGAGUUUGGCCAGGAGUCCCCUGACCAUUCCUUAGCCUUGGACUUUAGUAAGCAAUCUCCAGAGCACCCAUCAGUGGGCAGCGGCUCCCGUGCUACAGAAAAUGGCCCAACUGAGGUUGACUACAGCCCUUCAGAUGGGGUGGAUGUAAGAGCAUCCGGAGAACCUAAAUCUGCAGUGGAAAACGCAUUGCUAUUUGAAGAGAGCGAAUCGGUCCGUGCAGCUUCUGCAACCCCAUCAGAUGCAUCUCAGUCCACUCCCUCUGUUACAACGCCAUGCCAAAUGGCAGAUAUGUCACAUGCUGUCAUUGUGCAAACAGAUAAAUCUCCAGUCACACCAAAGGCAUGUUCUCUCACCCAUUCUCCCCAUUCCAGCGAGCCUUCCCCAGUUCUUUCAGAUCCCCCAGCUAAAGAAAGCGCCAGUCCAAUUUCACCACCUGUGGAGAACAUAGCUCCUUCCGAGAUGCAGCAGACAUAUGACAAGUCACCUUCACCUCCAAAGGCUUCUUCUCCAUGCUUGUCUGUUAGCCCUUCAAAAGAUGAGUCACUUUCUCCGGCAAAAGAGACGAAUCCUUUUAAAUGUGAGGAUUUUACUCUUGAGAAAAAAUCCCCUGUGACUCCCAAAGUUCCUUCCCCAUCAUAUUUACCCCUCUCCUGUGAUUAUAAUACUGCCUGCGGCUCCAAGGACCCAGACUCAAGUAAGAAGAGCCCCUGUGCUCCAUCUAAGACAGAUGUCGACCUCUGCCUGGUCACUUCAUGUGAAUACCGUCACCCCAAGACUGAACUCUCCCCAUCUUUCAUCAACCCAAACAUUUUGGAGUACUUCAUCAGUGAAGGGAAUACUUUGGAUGAGGAGAAGCCUCUGACCAAAUCAGGAGGAGGACCCCCACCACCAGCAGGAAAGCUGUCUGCCAAGCAAUGUGAGGAGACCCCACCCACAUCCAUUAGUGAGUCCGUCCCCUCCCAGACCGACUCAGAUGUUCCACCAGGGACAGAAGAGUGCCCCUCCAUUACAGCAGAUGCAAACAUUGACUCUGAAGAUGACUCUGAGACUCUGCCUACUGACAGGACCCUGACCUACAGGCACGCCGACCCCCCUCCAGUGGCACUCAGGGACUCUGCUCCAUCUUCUGGCCAUCAUGAUGUCUGCAUGGUGGAUCCAGAGGCUCUCAAGGCUGAAGAAAAUCUUCACAAUGCUAAUACAGAUGGUGGAGAGAAGACUGGCAAGAAAAAGCUCACUAAAAAGUCAUCUUCACCAGCUAGGAAGGGUGGUCUAGCAAAAGUGAAAGACUCAAAGACUGCCUCUCCCAAGAAGAGUAUCGGAGAAGGGAAAGAUGCCAAAAAUGCAACUAAUACCUCUGCAUCUAGAGGUGUAAAAAGUGCCACAGCAGGUACAGGAAGUGGAAAGGCAUCUGGUGGGUCAUCUCUGCCCCCCUGUCCUCCCAUGUACAUGGAUUUGGUUUACAUUCCCAAUCACUGCAGUGCCAAAAAUGUGGACGCUGAGUUCUUUAAGCGUGUGAGGUCGUCUUACUAUGUGGUCAGUGGCAAUGACCAGACGGCUCAGGAACCCAGCCGGGUUGUUCUUGACGCUUUGCUGGAAGGAAAGGCCCAGUGGGGAAACAAUGCGCAAGUCACUCUGAUUCCAACGCAUGACACUGACGUGAUGAGGGAGUGGUACCAGGAGACUCAUGACAAGCAGCAGGAGCUGAACAUCAUGGUCCUGGCCAGCAGCAGCACUGUCGUCAUGCAGGAUGAGUCCUUCCCAGCUUGUAAGAUUGAGAUGUAGACCUAUUCCUCAAGGGAUCACGAGAAUUGAAGAGAUCAUUGUUUGAGGAAGAAAAUCAAUCCAUGUAGCAUAAAGUCCAAGACGACACUUAAAAACAUAUACUCCAAAAUAGGGAUCUGACACACAAAAUAGCUUUGGGGGGAUUCAUGCAGAGGACAGGGGGUUCUAGAUAAAAUACAUCCCUGAAAUCCUUACAGGAUAUAAAUGGACUGCACUGGUGGGAGAUAAGAUACACCUCAACUAGCCUCCAAUUCUAGCAUAGUUCACAUAAUGAUGUAUUGCGUUUAUUCUGCAUCCCCAGAUCAAAAUAUGUGCUUUUAGGUAACGGGAACAAAACUGGUAUGUUCUGAAAUAAUGGCUGUUAAUCCACACCAAAGGAUAAAACAACACUUUUUCAGUUAUUGCCUUAGGGAGGGAUCAAAAUGAAUGUAACAGAAGUGGCACGACUAGCCUAAGAUUAGACGGGCAACUCUAAAUAACAAAGGUUGAUCCCGAAAAAUGACUGUUUAACAGUGUGAGAGUUGAAUGAUGGUAAAUACAAAUGAACUUGAAAGGACACUCAACACUGGUUAAAAUGAUGGUUGACUUCUUAUUUAUCACGACUGCGUGAGAUGAAACUGUUCAUUGUGCUGUUAAUUUGGCAGGAUUAUAUUUUAUUUAUUUAUUUAUUUAUUGAAUAUUGUUUUGGCCUGGUUAUGUUGCUGCUGAGUAAUGAUUUCAUAUUAAAUUAUUGUGCUCGAUUGUCCAGACAGCGGUUGAAACUGUGCAACAGGGAAGUUGCCCCAUAAUGUCAUAAAAAAAAACAUAAUAAUAUCUUUUCAGAAGAUUGCCUUUCAUUCCAGAUUGUCUGUUUUAUUUACAGAUUUUAAGUUGUUUCCAGAAGAGAAUAUUGGAUCUUAUUUCUUAUGCCUGUUUUUUAUGUAAUCAACGAGCUGAGGGAGAGCUAGCCCUUUCCCAUUGUAAAGCUGGUGAAGCAGGAUAUUUUCAUAAACCUUAAAAUGUCUUGUUUUUCUAAAGCUUUGUACUAUAAUUAUAAAUAGCUUUGUGGCCAAUGGUGCGGGCGGAUGAUAAGUGCAUGAUACGUUAGGAUCUUUCUCUUUUUUUUCUUUCUUUUUUUUUUUAAUGGGGAUAUUGCUUAGACUUUCAUUAAGAACAUCAGGGCUAUGUAGGCUAAAUGAAUAAAAGUAAGAUAUAAUUUUGCAAGUUGUGCCAUGACUUACGUAUACUACUCUAACUACAGUGAUAACCAGUGGCACUGUAUGGAUAUAAUACCUGAUUCUGGGUGCAGCACUUGGUAGUUCCAGGAUGAUAUGAGCUUUAAGGGAAGCUAAAAAAAAAAAACUUUAGCCAGAAUGAAAGGGAACCGCUGAGUCGUCGAGAGGGGCAGCACGCAGAGAUGAGAGCGAGUGUAUGUUAAAUGAAAGUAACAAAAACUAGACACUUUAAACACAAAAAAAAAAAAAAAUGACACAUACCAAACUAACAGUACAGAGGCCACAGGUCAGCUUUGACAGGCCAGCUUCUGGUGAAACGUUCAACAAAUCACGACUACAGGCUUCGGUAUUUCAGGAUCAUCAACCUCACUAGAUCUGUCAGGUUGCCAUGAUGACACUAUAAACCAGUUUUCCUGCAGGAAAACCUCAGACUAACACCACAACCUUACCGUCAAUCAACGUCAUACCAACAAGACUCUCUUCAACUGACAUCUCUCUUCUUUCUCUACACUUCUUCUAUUUCUCUCUCCAUCUAUUUAUCUGCCUUUUCUCCUUAUCUUUCUCUCGGGAGAACUUUAAUAAGGUUUGUCUGCAUUUGUGGGGUAUAUUUGUCUCGUGAUUGCGCGUCCUCUCUGCCCUUUCCCACUCCCUCCCCUCCCUCCCCCGAACUCAUAUGUAACCUAUAGCAAUUAGUUUCAAGUGAAAAUAUUCCUUAGUGCUUUCUGAUGUUUGUGUGCAAUAUUUGCUCCACCCAUAUGGCAAAGCUAAUGUAAGAGGAACCACUACUAAAGAACAAACAUUCAACAACAACCACAAUAAAAAUCUGUUGUGAAAAAUAA